GAUGAUACAUGUGGUUAAAUAUAAAGUUCUUGUUUCACACUGUGAUCUGAUAACACUACAGGACUACAGCCGGAAUUUAGAAAUAACCAGCGGGAGUAAUAAGUUCAUGAGACCAAAUUCCCACAAUAGUUUAAGGAAUGGACUAACCACCAGACAAACUCUAUAAAAUCUCAUGAUUAUUUAAAAACAUUUAUUUUUUUUUAAUUACAUGUAUUCAGUUACAUUUUUUUUUAUAAAUGUUAUCCACCUUCAGAGAGCAAGGGGAACUGAUCAGUCCGAGCUGUAAACAUGAUCCGUAGGCUACCAGAAGAAGAAGGCUACUGUAUUGUGUUCGGGGUCGUACAAAGCGGAACGACUGGUUUCAGGGCUUAUUUUCUGUAGGACCUCAGAGUCGAUCAUGGCGACUCUUGGUGGCAAUCGUGGAGAUCGCGCCAGCAACUCUAAUCUACAAAAGUCUUCUCUUGCUUCUCCGGAGAAAGUUCGUGAGCUUCUUAAUGAGGGGGUGUCAUCAGUCGGAUCCAGCAGUGGACAAGGAUAUUUGAAAGUUCAGGAAGCAAAAAGCAACACCCAAGCACCCUGCGAGGCAACAAACAAAGAAGCUUUUUUCUCAAGAGUGGAAUCCUUUUCAUGUUUGAAAUGGGCAGGGAAACCCCGCCUACUGUCCCCUCUGGUGUGUGCCAGAUAUGGCUGGAUCAACAUUGGCUGUGAUAUGCUGAAGUGUUCCAGCUGCCAGGCUUUCCUUUGUGCAUCACUACAACCAACUUUAGAUUUUGAGAAAUAUGAAUCCCGCAUUGCAGAGAUAUCGGGGCAGCUUCAGACACGGCAUGAGAAGUUUUGUCCUUGGCCUGACUUUCCUUGUCCAGAACGGUUUUGGCUGGUUCCCGCCUGUGAACCAUCAGCACUUCUUACUGCCUUCUUAGAGCGCUUCAAGAGUGCCUGUCUCCUUGCACAGCAGCUGCCAGCCAUGAGGCCAGAGCAGCUGAAGUCUAUGUCUUUGACUGAGGAUGUUGUCAGCGUUAUACUACAGUUGAUUGAGGAAGAACUAAAAAAAAGGGGAGGGGAUCCAUGUUCUGAACCUUUGGAUGUCCAGGUGGCUGCUUGCAUUGUUUCUCUCUGUGGCUGGGCAGCAAGCCCAGCUCUGCACGCCAUGAACUUGCCCAUCCUCACCUGCUCCUACUGUAUGCGCAAGGUGGGCUUGUGGAACUUCCACCAGAUGGAAGAAACGAGUGGCGAGGGAGAUGCCUUAUCAAACACUUUAGGCCAGUCUGCACAAGAAACAGGUCUCACCUCCGCAGCCAUGUCUGAGGGCCAGGAAGACCAUGCAGCGUCUGUCUCACCCACCCCUGCUACAACCCCGUGUCGUAUGAAGCUGAGGAGCCAGGACUCUACCCGUUCAGACCAGGGUGAAGGCACCUCCUCCUUUGUGGCCUUGCGUGCCAGAAGCAGAGACUCACCAAGCCCCAAUGAAGAGCUGCCAAGUCCCUUGACCAGGGGCAAGAGGCCUGCAGCUCGUACCCGAGGACAGGGGGACAACUGUGGCUCUGAUGGCAUUGCCAGCCUGCAGCACCCUCCCAAACGCCUGUGCCUCUCCUCAGUUGGUGGUCUUGAUGGGCUCCUGCACAAGAAUGCAUUUGACCCCCUCGCUCAGCAUAGAGACUGGUGUCCCUGGAUCUCUGGGGGAAAGGAGAAUGUGGAUCCGGGGGCGAUGCCUGUUUUGGAUGCAGGCUCAGCACUUCAGCAGGGCUGGAAGGCUGCGCUCGACCUCCUCAUACCCAUGAAGAAGAAUGCCAAUACAAUGGGAGGCAGUCCAGGACAGAGUCCUCGUGACAAGUCUAAAAGGGUGUUUGCAAUAUUCCAUCAGUGGCAGGUAUCCUCCUCUCAGUCUCAGUAGAAUGUUUCCAUCCAAACAAAAUCACAACACUGAAUUGAUGAACUGACCUGACUUCUUCUUGUUAUAACAGCUUUGUCAUAUCAAUGUGUGCUGUUCUUUAAAAUUAUGUUUACAGUCAGUGUUACUGGAGAGAAAGGAACUGAUCAUACCUUUUAGGAAAAUGAGUGUGUUUUUUGUGAACAGUGAACUAUUUAAAGGAUGUCUGUGUGGCAUUUGAAUUCUGCUAAAUGAAAAUUGGGAUGUGCAACUAUUGAGGCCCAUAUUGGCCUUUCUUCAUAUGUAUAUACAUAAGUAGCCAUCAAGUAAUAGAACACAUCUCAAUAUAUAAAUUGACCACAAGCAAGGAAUCUACUCUAAACCUCACAAGAAGUCCUCUUUGGUAAUCCUUCGUCUGGCCUGGACUUCUGGAAUACGAGAGUUGAGGAAUCCUUGAUAGUGGGAAAUGGCCAAAUGGCUCGACACUGGAAUGGCGAUGUUUACCUUCACGGUAUGUUGAGUUAUUUGUGGGAGUGGUAAACAUUAACCUCAAAUUAUCAAAAAAACUGUGAGGAUGAUGUUUUUUCAUGUGUACUUUUUUGCUUGAAAAGCAAUGUAGAUACAAGUUCUGUUUUGGAAAAAACCAUAUGGUUUUUGAGUAGUGAAAUGUCUGUUUUCAUUUAGUAAAUGCUGAGACCCUGGUUAUUGUAGGCAGGUACCAUGCACCUGCUUUAAAUGAGGUUUACGAUGCUUGUACUGAUUUUAAAAUUUUUUUUUAUUUUAUUUUUUUAUCUUCCGGCAACAUGUCAUUGCUAAUGCAGUUCUCAUUGUUCUGCAUGUGCUUUUAUCGUUGUAAAAUUUCCUAAAAGGGUUUAAUAAAAUGCCCUUCUAAAAGGUUGUUUCACUUUGAAUGUAGCUCCUAUGAGAUUUUGACUAAAAACUAAAGCUGACUUACACAUUAACUAAAUUAUAAUUUUAAAAUACAUUCAAUACAUUGAGGGUUGGCUCUUGUAAAUAUUUUAGUACCAACUGUUGCAGCUCACACAGUGACUUCUGAAGGAGUUUUUCUGCUUUUACAUAAAUAUGACUUUCCUUUGAACACUCAUUAGCAGCUGUUGCACAGUGUACAGCAAGUGUUUUAUAUAAAUUAUCAUAACCCAAACGCCCGAAGGUACCAUUUUCAUCUGUACAAAUAAUACAACCCAAGUAUAAAUGCCAUAGGACAAUGCAGCCAUCAUACCGCUCCAGAAGGGGAAGCAUUCUUUCUCCUAGCAAUGAACGUACUUUGGUCCAGAAAGUUCAAAUAAAUCCCAGAACAACAGCAAAGGACCUUGUGAAGACACUGAAGGAAACGGGUAUUAAAGCAUCUGUAUCCACAGUAAAAUGAGUCCUAUAUUGACAUAACUUGAAAGGCCUCUCAGCCAGGAAGAAGCCACUGCUGCAGGACUACCAUUAAAAAAGCAGACUACAGUUUGUAGCUGCACUUGGGGACAAAGAUCUUAAUUUUUGGAGAAAUGUCCUCUGGUCUGAAUAAACAAAAAUGAUGUCUGGAUUUAUGUCUGGAGGCUAAAGAGGGAGCCUUGCAAGCCAAAGAACACUAUCUCAACCAUGAAUUACAGGGGUGGCAGCAUCAUGCUGUGGGGGUGUUUUGCUGCAGGAGGGACUGGGGCACAUCACAUGAGGAAGGAAGAUUAUGCGGAUAUAUUAAAGCAACAUUUCAGGACAUCAGCCACGAAGUUGAAGCUUAGACACAAAUGCGUCUUCCAAAGAGACAAUGUCCCCAUGCAUACUUAGAAAGUUGUGGCAAAAUGGCUCAAGGACAACAAAGUCAAGAUAUUGGAGUGGAGUCAAGAUAUUUGGAGACUACCAGCCUCACAGGCUGGAAUAGGCUGAGUGUACUGAAGUGUUAUUUGAUUUAUUCAAAUUUGUGUUAAAUCUUAGUUAAUGCAGCUUUAAAAUGGAUCUUCCUAAAGUCCAUUGUCAACUCCACAGUUUUGAGCGUGUUCAGCUCCAGGUUGCUGCGACUAGACCACAGGACCAGCUGUUCAACCUCCCCUCUGUAGGCCGACUUGUCACCAUCUCAGAUGAGACUGAUGAACAUUGUUUCAUCUGCAAACCUUAGGGGUUUAACAGAUGGGUCCUCUGAGGUGCAGUCAUUGGCCCUUGGGCAAGACACUGAACCCCCUGGUUGCC